GCGCCCGUUGUUCGACCAGCUGAUCGUGAACAGCUAUGUCGCGGGGCAGGGGAUCGCGCGGCACGUCGACCUGCUAAAGUUCUCGGACGGCGUCCUCGGGGUCUGCCUCGGCGCCAGCGCGACGCUCACGCUACGCCGGCUGCGCGACGACACCGUCGUGAGGGCGGGCAGCGAGUGCGCGCUACAAGACAGCGAGCUCACUGGCGAGGUUGUGGAGGUCGACGUCGGCGCUGGCGACGUGUACGCGAUGUGCGGGGAGGCCAGGCACCGCUGGACGCACGAGAUACGCGCGGACUCCCUGCGCGGGCCCCGGCGCCUGAGCCUCACCCUGCGUCGGCUGCGGCCCUCCGCCUGGCAGGGCCCCCAGGCCAGCUCCGAGGCGCGGCCCAUCCGCUGGACAGCGGGGGCGGACGCGAGGGCCUGCGACGGCAGGGAGGGCGAGGACGAUGGGCGACGGCCGACGGCGUCGGCGCUGACAUCCCCGCUGGUGCCGCCCGCGCGUCUGCCGCAACAGCAUGGGUUGCAGGGGCACGGGGCGCCGUAG